UGUGCUCGAUGAGACUCGAUGUUCUUCGACUUCGUUCGACUCCGGUAGAUGUGUUCUGAAGAACGCUACAAACUGUGAAAAAGCAUCGAAUCGGUUUAAGGAAAAGAGCGGAUCCAUCGAAAUGUCGUUCUUCGGAUGGAGAAGUGGCGGCCGUUCCGAAAACUCUGAACACACGGGACGCAACUUGCAGGAUGGCCUCUUUCAAAUCGCCUCUCAGGCUUGCCAUAUAUUGGUGCAAGUGAACAAUACGCACAACGUUUCCUACGGCGGCAGCAACAACGUGAGAAAUAUCGCGUACUCGAAGUGUUCCACCAAAGAUGGUGACUCGAUAGGGCUCGCCGGUUGUUCGGUAAACAGAGGCGCAGCCUCGACGGUCAAGUCUUACACAAAAUACACGAAGGAACGUAGGAAGGAUCAGGACGUGGUCGUUCUUUUGCCGCACCGGAAGAACAGAACCGCCCUCGUCAAGCACAAAUUAUCCACAGUCUCCGAAAACGCGCGUCUGGAAGUGAAUCCUUCGGGCUGCGCUGGCGGGGGCGGCGGUAACAGUGUCCCCGACGAUGAUUUCGAGUUAUGGGAUCAAUCAGGUUUUAUGUUGAGGAGCGACGCGGACGACUCGAUGGGGCACGGAAAAUGGGGAGGAGCUCAAGGAUGGUGCAAGCCCAGUUGUAUUCCAAUCACGGUCAUCCUAAUUUUAAUAGUGCUGGUUGUUUUGCUGCCGUUGCUGGACCACGCGGCGGACAAGUACGCGUCGAACGGCAGCAACGCGGGCUUCGAUUCGAGCUGCAUGAACGGCUGCAAUUUAUCGCUGGUAGAAAGUAUACCGAUCGGGAUGAAUUACACGGACAAUAACAUGAUCCUCGAGAGCACUUACGACUCUUGGGUGAAAUUGAUCUCGUUAGCGCGGGAGAAAAUAGAAAUAGCGUCGCUUUAUUGGACCCUGAGAAGAGAAGACGUGUAUCCGGACGACAGCGCGAGACAGGGCGAGGAGAUUUUUCGGAUGAUGAUAGAGGCUGGCAGGGAUCGGAACAUUGCUCUAAAUAUCGCGCAAAACAUGCCGUCGCAAGCUCGCCCGAACGAUGACACGGAAAUUUUGGCGCGAAAAGCGAACGCUAAGGUGAGAAGCUUAAACUUCGCCGGAUUGCUCGGUGGCGGUGUACUUCACACGAAAUUAUGGCUCGUUGACAGAACCCACGUGUACGUCGGUUCAGCGAACAUGGACUGGCGAUCUCUGUCGCAGGUGAAAGAGCUGGGUCUGCUAGCUCUGAACUGCAGCUGUCUGGCGAACGAUUACGCGAAAAUUUUCGACGUGUACUGGACAGUCGCGGAAGAUAAUAAAGUGCCGUCCGUUUGGCCAGAUUCGUUCAACACGAAGAUCAAUCUGGACAAUCCAAUGACUUUCACCUUCAUGAACAAUAGGUAUCGGACUUUCAUCGCGAGCUCGCCGCCGCCAUUUUCGCCGAAGGGUAGGACCAACGACGUCGACGCCAUUCUGAAUUGUAUCGAGAAAGCAGAGAAAUUUAUUUAUAUCGCGGUAAUGGACUAUUUUCCUCUGACUAUAUACACCGCUAAAAUCAAGUAUUGGCCAAUCAUUGACGACGCAUUGAGAACCGCGGCCAUCGAACGCAGGGUUCACAUACGUCUGUUGAUCUCAUCUUGGAAGCACUCGAGGAAGUCUGAGGUCGCCUUUCUGAAAUCGCUGGUCGAGUUGACGGACAGUUACGCGGGCGUUAAAAUUGAAGUGAGAAGGUUCGUGGUGCCUACCGAUCCGGAGUUGGACAAGAUACCGUUCGCCAGGGUGAACCAUAACAAGUACAUGGUGACGGACGUGGCCGCCUACAUAGGAACCAGCAACUGGUCCGGCGAUUACUUCACAAACACUGGAGGUAUAGGCACGAUAUUCGAGACCGUGGGCGAGCAAACGCCGGACAACCUCAGGCAGCAACUGGAGAACAUUUUCCACCGCGACUGGUAUUCCGAAUACUCGUACGCUCUGAAUGGAAGUUUACCGAUCGUCGAAAGACCAACAAACAUGAUCGACGAUCACUACUCGCGAUCGACUCGCUACGUAUUAGCGUGACAACGUCUAUGCCGUCGUCAACGAGGAAAAUGAAAAUCCCGUCUGGUCGAUUAGCAUCUGGACGAAGUUCUCGAACGUUGCGUCUCUCGUCAUUCGCAAACUUUUAAUGAUUCUUUUUUUUUCUUUUUUACUUCUACGAAACACUUGGUCGGAUUGUUCGUGCUCGGCAAAUAUCUGAGACGAGCGUGUUUUGUUUGUUCCGGCCGGGCCGCGCGCGUGCACAAACACACGGAGAGACACGGCAAACGGGGCGCGUCUUCCUUCCAUGUUUUCUCCGCCGCGCCGUUUCGUUUCGUCGCUUCGACGUCGCGCCAUCUCCGUCCGACAGCCGCGAGAGACGUACACGCGCGAAAUCCUAGGCCUACGCGAAUAAUAUUACAUAAUGGACGUCCGUGUGCCUUGCCACAAGUGCCCUUGCAAAUGUUUUCUAAGAGAGAUCUCGCCUCGAGACGAGUGUACAUCGUUCCGUCCGUAACCAACGCGGUAAACCGACGACUCCGUAGACCGGUGCUAAAGAUCGUAGUAAUUAGCACACCGACAGGAUUCUACGUCCAUGGUAAACAAGAGCGUUUCGAUUUUAGUUGAUCGUGAACUAGAAAUUUAAACAAAGAAGUUACAAUAUACAACUACCGACAGAAUUAUUUGUACCACUUCCGUAUAUCUUCGUUUAGAACGUCUUAUUCGUCUAUAUACAAAAUUAAUAACACUAUAUACAAAAUCGUGGUUUAGACACGCUAGUGUUGAUGGUUUAGGAAUACAAUUAGUAGUAUGUUAUAAGUUUCGUUCCAUUUAUAUAUACAGGGUGCUAGAGGCAAAAAUAAGACGAAAAUCAAGAAUAUCAAUUUCUUGA